AUGACUCCUGAAGUAACAGAAGGCCCCUACUUUGUGAUGAAUGAACUUGUUCGUCAAAACGUACACGAGAAUCAGUGGGGCGUUCCCCUUCCACUCGACAUUGGAGUGAUAGACAUCACUUCCUGCAAGCCACUACCUAACGCUUUUGUAGAGAUCUGGCAUGCCAAUGCUACAGGCUUCUAUUCUAGCUUUACUGUGGAUUCUGGUUCUGGUGGCGGAAACUCUGCUAGUACAGCCAUGAGCGAUGAGCUUAGCUUUGUAAGGGGCGGCUGGCCUGCUAACAAGAAUGGCAUGAGAUGUAUACCGUAUAUCCUGGCUUCUACAUGGGUUGAACUAUCCAUAUUCACAACGAUCGAGUCAACGGAAGGAAACCUUCACAUCGGCCAGGUCUUCUUCGAUGAAUCCUUCAACGACAAAGUCCUUGCCCCUAUUCCCUAUGUAAUACCACUCAGUCUCACACCACCUAUGUAUAACGCAGAUGACUCUAUCCUUGCAGAGGAGAACACGGGCAGAUACAAUACGUUCGCUGACGCAUACCAAUUGGGCAAGAACCUGCAAGACAGAGUUAUCGCAUAUAUCACUAUCGGCAUCGAUUCAACCACAAGAUACUCUUUCUCCACCGCUAACUACUGGAUGCCCUGA